AUGGUAGCUUUCAAGUACCCGACGCUACACAUCCACCAUAUGGACGGUCUGGCCCAAAUUGAAAUCAACGUUCCCGGCCGACUGCCGCCGACUGAUAAAAGACUACACAUAGAAGGGUGCCCCAUCUCGGCGGCAGUCAGUAUUGUGGAUUUUGUUUAA